CAAUAAUGAAUGCAGCGCUUUCCCAGCUGCCCCACGCCUUUCCAGAGUUCGAGCAACAGCUGCACCGCGUCUUUUGUACCCGCCGUAGCUUCCACAAGCUUUCCCGAGUUCCGCGCCGCAUCCAAAUCAAUCGUCUCGUUGCUCGAAGCGCCAUGGCUGGGGGUUACGAGGAAUGGACGCAACAGCAAUUGAUCGCCCGGAUCCACAAGCUAGAAGCGAAGUUGCCCCCACAAGAGCAGACAUCAACGACGAAUAUCUCGGAGCCGAAUCCCGCGACCUUUACCUCCUUUCCAAUCCCUUCCCCCGUUGACGACCAAACGCAGAUUCCCUACCGCAAGCCUCCCAAGCAGCUACCGAAGGCGUUCGAUGCGUCCAAGUAUAGCACGAGGCUCAUAGCGCUCAAAUUCGCAUACCUGGGCCAGAAGUACAAUGGAUUCGAGCAUCACAGGAACAAUACUACACCAUUGCCGACAAUCGAGGAAGAGCUGUGGAAGGCGCUGGUCAAAACAAGGCUCGUCAGUCCUACACCCAGUGAAGGAGACCAAGAAAGAUAUGAUAGGAUAGACAGGAAGACAUUCGAAGCAUGGGAUAGAGACGGUGCAGAUGUGAAUUGGGACGGUUGUGAAUACUCGAAAUGCGGCAGGACGGACAGAGGAGUGAGUGCAUUUGGGCAGGUCAUAGGGGUCCGCGUUCGAAGCAAUAGACCUCUACCAAAACCGAAAACUCCAACUACCUCUUCGGUUGAAGAUGCAGGACAGGCAGCAGCGCCGGAAGCAGUGGAACCAUUACUAGCUGCAGAAAGCGACAUGGAAGCGCCAUCGAAGCCCUUCGAUGACCUCAGAUACGAGCUUCCGUACAUCCAACUCCUCAACCGUGUCCUACCACCCACCAUCCGCAUCUACGCUUGGUGUCCCAAUCCGCCGCCCAACUUCUCCGCCCGCUUCUCCUGCAAAGAACGACGCUACAAAUACUUCUUCACAAACCCCUGCUUCGCUCCCGUCCCCGGUUCCUUGGGCCUCUACACCACCAACACCGACCAGUCCACCAUGCGCGAAGGCUGGCUUGACAUCAAAAAGAUGCGAGAAGCCUGCAACCUGCUCGUCGGACUACACGACUUCCGCAACUUCUGUAAAAUAGACGCUUCGAAGCAACUCACGAAUUUCAAGCGGCGAAUCUUCCACGCGGACAUUGAAGAGAUCAGCCCCCUAUCUGUUCCGUCGUUCCUCUCGCACUCCACUAUCCAACCCUCAUCUUCAACCGAACAGCCGAAGAUGUACGCGUUUGUGCUCCACGGCUCCGCCUUCCUCUGGCAUCAAGUCCGCUCCAUAGUCGCCAUCCUCUUCCUCAUCGGGCAAGGCCUCGAAGCCCCUUCCCUGAUUCCGCAACUCCUCGAUAUCUCCACCAACCCUACACGCCCAAAAUACGAAAUGGCGUCCGAUGCACCACUGGUACUUUGGGACUGUAUAUUCCCACAUGAGUCGGAGAUUCAAUCUUCCGAGCAGCGGGAGCAUGGCUAUGAAGAUAGGUUGGAGUGGAUAUACGUAGGCGACGAAGGAGGCAUCGAGCCAAAGAGCCUGGUGAAAGGCAAAGGAGGCGGGCCAAGUACGAUGGGAAGGGGCAAGUGGGGACGAGGCGGCGUCAUCGAUGAUGUAUGGGAGGUGUGGCGUGGGAACAAGAUUGAUGAGACGCUCUCAGCUUUAUUGCUGGACGCUGUUUCUUCCCAAGGGAAGUCAACACUCGACGCUGAGCAAAUUACUUCCUAUGAAGCGAAGCCGGGUAUUGCGAAGGGCGGACCCAGGGUGUUUGAUGGCGGCGAUCUAGGCAGAGCGAAGGGGAGCUAUAUCCCUGUACUUCAGCGGGAGAGACAAGAUCCUGUUGAAGUGGUAAAUGAGAGAUACGCCAGGAAGAAAGGGCAGGAUCCAAAUAAGAUGAAGCCGAAGGAGGAUGAAGCGGACGAGUGAUACAUAGGACCGGGGUUUUGGUUCGCGUAUGAUACACAAGCACUCGACUCUUGUAUAAGUUGGGUCUUCUGGUGCCCAGACGUGGGCAGUUAUAGACGUGGGCAGUUAUAUAUGAAGUUAGGUAUCAGACAAGACUUAG